UUUCUAAUAUAAAUAAAUAUUGAUUAGUGCAUAAAGAACAAAAUCUAACAACUUCAUAUCAACCGGUGUUCUAAUUGAGGACGAAAGCCAAGCAAACGUUUCUCUCUCUCUCCUCCUCCUCUCCAGAUCUCAUCAUCUCGACUUCAAUCAUGACAACUUCAAGGCGUCUUGCAGAGAGGAAGGUGGAGAAAUUUGACAAGAACAUCAAGAAAAGAGGUUUAGUGGCCGAAACCACAACAAAGAAGGGAAACUCGUAUCCUGUUGGACCUGUAUUGCUUGGAUUCUUUGUGUUUGUUGUUAUCGGAUCAUCUCUAUUUCAGAUCAUCAGGACAGCCACUACUGGCGGGAUGGCUUAGAGAUAUACUGAAAGUGUCUUGCCGCCGAUGAUGUAGGCUAGUAGUGUGUUAUAGUUUUAGUUGGGAUUCCAGAGAACUGUCAUGCUGGUGUCGCCUAGAGAUUGUGAAGUUCAAUUAAUGCUAAAUGUUAUCGUGGAAAUAUAAUUUUAUCUUGUAUUUUGAUGAAAUUACUCUCGGCAUUUUAUUUAUAAUGUUAAAUACGUAUUCUCGUA